AUGGAGAGCCAUGGAAAUAUCCCAGUCUUCUCGGUAAAUGACCAGUACCCAGAGCUCCCAAAGCUGCAAGCAGGGGCCUCCUUUGGAUGCGGCUUCUGUCAUCUGUUGAGAGGUUCAAUACAAGAGUUUUACAGCUUGGAAAUCGGGGCGUCGAUUGAAAUCAACGUCAAAUAUCGCUGGAGCCUGAAUAUGAGUAAUCGACUUGGCCUCACCGGCAUAAUCGCAUAUCUCAGAUUCCGGAACUCGGACCCCAUCCUUGACGAAUUGCGACCAUUGAGGUUUGCAAUCGAUGGAAACUCAGACAAAUGCGCUGAGUGGUUGAACAUGAAACCACCAUUAAUACAAUAUGCAUUGCAUGCGGCAAACAUUAAUAUGAUUCAACAAGAAAUAGCCCAUUGCGAGGACACUCACGAUCACAAUGUGAAUAAUGUUAGCGGCUUUCUACCAACCCGUCUCAUUGCCGUCGGUACUGAUAAGGGUGUUCAACCUCACUUGGUGAUUACCGACUACCGGCUACGACGGAGAGCACCGAGAUACGCUACUCUAAGCUAUUGUUGGGGUCCGCCUGAUGACGCAAAGGCGCAGUCAAGGACUCGAGCUCAUAACAUCGAACAACGAAAGGCCGGAUUUCCAUUAGACUCAUUGACCCAUGUCAUACGUGAUGCGAUAGUUGUAGCGAGGACUCUAUCGAUUCCUUAUCCCUGGGUGGAUUCUCUCUGCAUCAUCCAAGGUGACAGACUGGAUUGGGAACGGGAAUCAUCGACUAUUAAAGAUGUCUACCGAUACGCUUACCUUACGAUAUGCGCAGCUUCGUCGCCAUCCUGCCAAGUGGGCUUCAUUCACCGCGUGCCGAAGUCAAUCACAGUACUAUUUGCAUCGAAGGUCAAUCCCACGAUCCAGGGAACGUUCAACAUUCGGCUGAGCGGACUUGCCAAUCCAACUUUUUAUAUGGAAAAAGGGAUAGACAAAACCUUUGAUGAGCUGAUUAGUAUAGAGACAAGAUGGAGCCAGAGAGCGUGGACCUUUCAAGAAGCCAUGCUGUCCGUGCGAAAGCUGACGUUUUGCGGCUCGCAACUGUACUACUCGUGCCCUGACCGAGUCACAUGCGAAGCUGGAAGUCCAGAGGGUCCGGGUCACCUAGAAACUGGCCUAACGCAUUUCCCGUCUGAUGCCAGAGACAGAUUCCAGAGCUGGUACGACAUAGUCACCAAGUAUGCAGCCCUCGACUUGUGUUACGAAACUGAUAGAUUGCCUGCCAUUUCCGGUAUAGCGAGAAUGAUGGGUUACGGCCCUGAGGACUAUCUAGCGGGCAUCUUCAAACAGUUUCUUGCUUUUGGAUUAUGCUGGAGGCAAUCUUCAAUUAGCUCCAUGCAAACCACUAGAAGUGCAGUUAUAAACCUGCAUAAAACCAGUACCAUGCCAUCUUGGAGUUGGGCCGCGCGAAAGCAAGCAAUCGACAUGAUGGCAAGCCCUUUGGAUGAUAGAGAUGAAACAGCAGGUAUAACUGCCUGGACAGUGCCGAAGGGAUUGGACCUUUUUGGUGAGGUCAGGGACAGCGUGGCAGUCGUACAAGGGAAACUCUUGCCUCUGCCCUCGAAUAUUAUCCGUGGCUCAAGCUCCCCUGCAAGACUCCAUGCCCCUUUUGAGGGCUCCCAGUGCGAUUACUGGAACGUAUCCAGAAAAGAUCAAAGAAUUGCAUGGGUCCUUCUAGACUGGCAUAUGACUGGGAUUGAGGAGAGUGGUGACGAGUUGUUCAUGUUAUUACUCACAAGCAGUCUAAGCCUGUCUGGGGGUUCACGCCGAGAAAGACGUGGGUAUGGCAUUGUUUUGCAUCCUAGUCAGACACCCACUAAGUAUAUCCGAGUUGGCGGCUUUCAAACGACGAGUAAGGGAUUUGCACUUUUUAAGGGGGCGAGCAUUGAGACGGUACAGAUAGUUCUAACUACCAAUCCGGGGACUCAAUAUAUUGCGAUCUCCUAUCCGGACGAAUGGCCUACGACCUGUACUUGUGUCUAUUAUGAUAUUCAUCCUUAG